AUGGCAGCUGUAACAGGAGCCAUCUCGGGAACGAGUACUCCCUUUCGGGACUGUGACUCUAGAAAUGGCUCUGACAGUACACCCAAACGAAGAACCCCUUCCCUCAACGGAAGUGCAACAUUUAGAAGAGUAUCUUCGCCACGGAGUGGUGCAAGUCCCCACAGCGUCUUGUCGGUGGAAGACAAAAUGGCGGCAUUACAAAAUCUAUUUUCUGAUAAAUUGUUGAUAACAGAGCUAAGAGGACAGCAUGGUGCAACUCGUAAAUUGGAAAAUGAUUACAAUCUCACAGAGGAGGACGAUGAUACUUUUACUGUGUCAGACUAUCCAACUGAUGGGCGUUACUCAAAAGAAACAGAUUAUGAAACAGAUCUUGAUAUGGACUAUGACGAGUGGAUACACGAAGAGGAAAUUCAGCUGGAGAAGGAUCAAACGGGAGAACGUAAAUAUAUUCACAUGUGCAAUGAAACCGGUGUUAUUCCGGUGUCCUAUUUUCUAAAACAUAUCGAGGACAAGGAGUUCCGGAUGAGAUUCCAUGGCCUCGGGCCUCUUGGUGCUAAAGCUAUUGCAUACCCUAUGAAGACGAACAAAAAAAUUGAGGUCUUAAAUUUAGAAGGAAAUUGGAUUCUCGGGGAGGGAUCGGAAUACUUAGCAAGGAUGUUGGUUGGCAAUUUCUGUAUAACAGAACUGUAUCUUGCAGAAAAUAGAAUAGGCAACACUGGUGCAGAAGCAAUGGCAGAUCUGUUAUCUAAAAAUGAUAGCAUUGUUACCAUUGAUCUGUCUGGAAACGAGAUCGAUGACAGCGGAGCCGAGAAGCUAUGUACUACACUUCUAAAAAACUCUUCCGUCAAACAUCUUUUCCUGGCAAAUAAUCGUUUGGAGGAGAGGGCUGGCAUAGCUUUGAGGGAAUUACUAUCACAUAAUGAAGUCAUCGAAACAUUGGAUUUGAGUUGGAAUCACUUCAGAACAAAGGGUGCCGUCGCACUUGGUGAAGGACUGAUGGAGAACUACGGGUUGCGAUGCAUGAAAUUGUCAAUGAAUGGAUUCGGCCUGGAUGGAUCAGAAGCUGUCGGAAAGGCUUUAAAGAUAAACCGCACCCUUAAGGAUCUAAACAUCUCCCACAACAGAAUUCCGGAGCGAGGCGCCAUCGUCAUCGCAACAGGAUUACAAACCAAUGAUUGUCUAGAGACACUCCGAAUCGGCUCCAAUCCUCUUGGACACAGUGGGCCGGUUGCCAUCAUUACAGAAGUCAGCAAAAAUGACAUGAGCUCAGUACAGACGCUAGAUUUCUCGAAUGUGUUGGUCACACCUGAAUUCACUGAAGUUCAGGAAAAUCUCGAGGCUGCACGUGCAAUGACCAUAACACAUGGUGGUAUCGUUGGAGAGAAAUAUGAAAUGGAUUAUCUGACCCAUGACCCCUUGGCAGAGUUCAGACGUAACCCCGUUAACAGAUUGUUUGAAUACGCGAGGGACACAGGAUAUCGACUUAUUGAUUUAUUCAAAGAUUUCGACAAAGACAAGAACAACUCUAUCAGCAGGGACGAAUUCAUUCUUGGCCUUAAGAGGGCAGGCAUGAAGAUCAGUGUCCGUCAAAUGGAAAUACUAUUAGAUAAACUCGAUACAAACAAAGACGGUUGCGUAGACUAUGGCGAGCUUAUCGAUGCAGACACAAAGUACAGACAGAAGCAGCGAGAGCUUAUAAGGAGCCAAAAUACCAAGUCCAGAGAGUCCCGACCGGAAUUUCGGUUAGAAAGAACCGAAUCCAUACUUACAAAGGAGAUGUUGGAGGGUCUUUGA